AUGCAAAUUUCCUCUCUUUUCUCUACAGCGCUGCUGUUUUCAACGGCUGUCGCGGCUCCACAGCCCGAUUACUCUGUAACAAGUGCGAGUAAUCAUGGCAAGGUUGCCAAGUAUCAGAAGCAAUGCCCCUUCAGCAUUCCUCAUGUCAAACCUCAUAACCAACGAUAUGAGCACACGAUAAACUUCCCCAAGGGAUGCGAAAGUGACAAGUUCAUCAAUUGGAAGACAUACAAGGCCAAUGGCGUCAAUCUGGGUGCCUGGCUCGCAAAGGAAAAGACCCAUGACCCCGUCUGGUGGAAUUCACUUGGCACCAAGGCCGCAGCUACUAUCGACGAAUGGGGCUUGUGCCAGGCUCUUGGCAAACAGUGUGGACCAAUCUUGGAGAAGCGCUACGAAUCUUUUCUGAAUACUUCUACCAUCGAUACACUUGCCAAGGUCGGGGUCAAUACACUUCGCAUCACUACCACUUAUGCCGCUUGGGUCAAGGUCCCUGGUUCUGCUUUCUAUCAUGGCAAGCAGCAGGAUCAUCUACGCAGGAUUACUCAAUAUGCUAUUGAACGGUACAACAUGCACAUCAUUAUUGGGCUUCACUCUCUACCCGGUGGUAUUAACAACCUCGAUAUUGGCGAAGCUUUUGGGCAUGAUGGCUGGUUUUACAAUUCUACCAAUCUGGCUUGGAGCUUCAAGGCUGUUGACAAGGUUCUGGAAUUUGUUAAAGCAAGCGGCCACAAGAAUGCCUUUACGAUCGCCCCUCUUAACGAAGCCAGCGAUAACCUGGCAGGCUUUGGCUCAGCAGCUGGUCUAUCCGACAAAGCGACCAACUGGAUUCUCACGUACAUGAACGGUGUUCUCCAGCGUGUCGAAGCUGUAGACAAGCGUAUCCCAGUCAUGCUCCAAGAUAACUUCAAGGGCGCGGCUUUCUGGUCUCCGCUGUUCGACAAGAAGCGCAAUCUCGUCAUCGACUCACACGUCUACUACUUUGCCGCAUCGGGUACCUAUUCACAGUAUGUCGCACCUGCUGUGUGCGGGCAAGCAAAGUACCUCGCCGAGGAGACCAAGUUUCCCGUGUUUGUUGGUGAAUGGUCGCUGCAGACCAUGUACAACAACACGUUGUCUGUGCCCAAUCGUAAGACUAUCUUCGAUACUCAGCGCUAUGCGUGGCAGAAGUAUGUCGCUGGUGGUGCUUUUUGGACCGCUGUAUCUUACUCCAAUACGCCUGUGGAUGGGCAAGGUAUCCAGAGGGAUUACUGGAGUUAUGUUGACUUGAUCAGGGCUGGAGUUAUUACCAAAGCCACGACUAAGAGCUAUUGCUAA